AAUAUCGCUUUAUAAAAGUAAUGACAAGCGUGUAUUUACGCUUUUGUCGGUAUUAAAAGGUAGACGCGUCAACGUUACCUUGUCCUUAUCUAGGCCCUUUUCGCGCAACGCAAGCUUUUCCGUUUCGUAUUAGCCUGCUGUCUGUAGUAAGCUAUAGUUCAAGUCAAGCUUAGAGUAAAAACAAUAUUAGUGUACUGAAAUUCGUCUAAAAAUCGUUCAUUUGGUUGUUGAAGUUGAUUAAUUAACAGACGGCGGUUUGUAGGGACAUUUAAUGACACGCGUUACAAUGUUUGUGUGUACCCACGCAGGAACGUGACUGCUUACGUAAUAUGCCGAGGCGUGGAGAGACUGAAGAAUUUCCCUCCUCCCUCCCGACAAACUUUGGAAAGGCAAAUGUCAGAAACUUCACACUUGACGACAACGCACAAUAAGAGGUUCGAAGGUACAAAAGGGGCGAACAGGCCAACCAUUAACAUGACCAGCUACGCACUAAGGCGCUCUCUUAACUGGGAUGAAACCGAGUGCCUCAACUAUUACGGGAUGCUGUCUCUACAUGAGGUCUUCGAAAUAGUCGGCUGUCAGCUGACAGAGACGGACAUCGAAGUGCUCUCUUUCCUCUUGAAUGAAACCUGUGUUGGAACACACCCCUUGAACCCUGAGGGCUGGACGGUGAAGCCCUUCGAAGACGACCCACCGGAAUUAGGCGUCACACCGAGUCCCAUGCUCCUUACAGUCUGGAGGCGGUUGCAGUCUCAGUGCUCUCAGCACCCUGUGGUACAAGCCUCUUACAAGUCCAAGAAUGGCCUUGAGUUGUUGUUGGAGCUGGAGAGGCAAGGUUACCUCAGCGAUGGAAACCUGGAGCCGCUUCUGCAGCUCCUGAGAGUCCUCACACGUCAUGAUCUCCUGCCCCUAGUGUCCCAUAAGAGAAAGAGAACUGUGUCUCCAGAAAGAAUUGAAAGGCGAUGCGCUGUACAACACAGAGAGUUGUUGUGCACUUCUGGCUUGAGAGGCCCCCAUAGACAGGCAGAAAUGCCCCUCCCUUCCUUCACACAGCAAUUGAGAACAGAGUCUGGAUCGUCUCUGAGGAGGAAGAAGAGGAAGAAGAGGGGCAAUGGCUGGAGUCGCAGGCCCAAGAAAACCAACAAGCAGGACCAUCCCAUGCCUCCACCAACACCGCCUCAGAAAGCGUCAUGCAAUGUCCGCUUAAGGGUCCGAGCCGAAUACCUGGAGCACGAGUCGGCGCUCCGAGACGGCGUCUCGUCGGACAAGCGGCAGCCCCUGGAGCGGCAGUUUGAGUUGUUCAGCCAGGCCAACUCGCUGCUGCGCGCCAGAGACCUGGGAUCCAUCGUGUGCGACAUCAAGUUCACCGAGCUGGACAACCUGGAGGCCUUCUGGACCGACUAUCUGAGCGGCGCCCUGCUGGAGGCCCUCAAGGGCGUCUUCAUCACAGACUCGUUGAGGGUGGCGGCGGGCUCCGAAGGCCUCCGCCUGCUCAUCAGCGUGGACCAGGACGACUACGAGAAAGGCUGGCGGGUGCUGAGGGCCAGGAAGAUGCGCUCUUCCAGUACCGGUGGGCACAAAAACAAACACCGUGAGACGGUGGGAUAUGAGCUGACUUAGUUGAUAUAAAUGGAACACUAAUGGAAGCUGGAGGGAGGUGAUGCAAUGCCGUUAGCCACCACAAGAUGGCAGAAACUACCACUUGUUUGUUCCAGUCUUGGACACUCCCUGCAAACUAACUAUAUUCUUUUAAGUUCUCACCCAGGUGCUAGGAAAUGCCAAAAGACAUUAAGACAGUGACUGUGAGAGCAGGACCAACAAGGAGACUCCGUGGUAAGCCCCCUUCAAUAUAUUAAAUAUGAAUUCAGGAGGGGAUUCAAAGGUGCUCCUUGAUGAAUUACAAAUCUUGUUUGCCAUCAAGUUACUCAGGAUUUAUUUGGUUAUCUUUUUCUCGUUGCAUUUGACGUCUGUGAUAGAACGGAACAUAGCGCCUUAACUUUGGUUAAACCCGGUGUGCGCUCUACGCUUAAAGAUAACCCGUUUAGGAAGAUAACCCAGCUUUGGGAUUGCUGCGAUCAGUAGGCCAUGAAGGCGCCAUCGCGCCUUCAUCUACUACAGCCCAGAUAAUGCAAAGGCCUGGUGGCCCAGCAGGUAAAAGCGCAGACAAGACAGUGUGUCGCUCAAUACCAGUGCUGUCCAGGAGAUCAAAAUCCAAAGUGCAUACAUCCUGGCUGCGCUCAUCCCUGCCCGACUUGUCUAGUCACCCUGCUGGAACUAAUGCCCGGACUUCACUGGGAGAAGACGAUCAAUAAGGACUCCAACAGAAACCACUAAAGCUGCGUGGUCUGAGCUACAGAGGUGGUGGUGGUGUAAACAUAGGUCGUUACUUUGAGAUAAAAUGUCUGUUAAAGAAGUUUUUUGUUUGAAUAAUUGUUUUUUGUUGUGGUCAACUAUAUUGGGAAACAUGUAUCAACGGUGAUAUUAAUAUUAUUACUAUUAAAGGUGUGUUAGACCAAUCAUGUUUGGGGGUGUUUUUAAGAGUUGAUUCACGUAAAUGAAAACUUUCAACAAACCUAAUAUGUCUGUCUCGCAGACCCCCAAAAAACAUUUGUUUAAUAAACAACACACUGUUACACAUUUAACUACAUGUCCCAUAACACAAAUGAAUGGACAAGCCUUGUACAUCAGUAAUAGUCUUCAAACAAACAGUCAUAUUUCAGCGAAGAUUGUGAAUUUGUUUUGUCUGUCCUCGAAGUCAGUUAUCGUUUAUGAUCAAAACCCAUCUGACAUUGCUGUAAUCUCUUCCACAUGCAAUACAAUUUCAGUUUAAAGUUAUUUACUUGUGAAUGGCAGCAACGCAUCCAAAAAGCAUAUUUGGCAUACCCCAAGUGUCUGUACUUCGACUACUGUUUAUACUUUUUACUGGGGACGGCGUAGCAGGGUUGGGAGAGUGGCCGUGCCAGCAACCCGAGGGUUCCUGGUUCAA